AUGAAGAGGCUCCGAGGUGCCGAACACUCACAGAGAACCUUGAGAAAAAGUACCGCUGUACAUGAAAUCGACAUCAUAGACGCUACAGGGGCCAUUCCAGCCGCGUUCGAGUCCCGUUACAUUUUGAAACGGCAGCCGUGUCUAAUUCAAGGCUUGGUGGCCGGGUUUGAUCUAGAGUCGUUCCGUCUUGAUAAUUUGGCAGAUUUUUUACAAUGUGACGAUUUUUUGCAGGUGGAGCGCAAGUCCAGCGGUGGUUACGGCACUGGAGAAAAUAGGAUUCGCCUGAAACUUGCAGAUCUGGUGGACAGGCUGAAUAAGGGUGAUCACUCGCUAUAUUUAACGACCCAGUAUGAAGAGGACGAUUGCCUGUCGGACGCCGAUUCUGACGGCGAGUUUCCUCAAACGGAAACUGCACAUGUGCCGACUGAUACGGACUCAGAACGGGGCUCGGUCGAUUUCGACAACUUUCAUGACGACUUUGAUUAUGACAGCGACAAUUCCGACGACGGCGAGUAUUCCGCUAGCGAAGGGCAGCCGUCUCUUGACACUGCUCGCACCCGUGUGCAAGAGCUUCUGCAAAAGCCGCUAACCAACUUAUACCGCAGGUGGCCAAUGGAAUUGCUGCGGCCGAGCUUACUCGCUGGCUUGGUGCCGCAGCAAAUAAAUCUCUGGAUGGGUCGUGCAGAUCCUGAUUCCCGACUGCUCUUUGACGAGUCCCAGCCGCUCCUAGGUCUGGGGAGAUCGCUUCCCUCUCCAGGUGCCUCGUCGUCGGGCCUGCACCACGACCAUGCCGACAACUUGUACAUACUGAUAUCGGGGAAGAAAAGAUUCACCUUGUUUCCGCCCACGGAUGCUCCCAACCUCUACACUGUCGGCGACAUUGAAAAGAUUUACCCGUCAGGAGUCAUUGACUACGUGCGCAACGAGAACGCGCCGUUCUGGAAACACGUGCGCGAGGACGGUGCGCUGGUGGGGCAGGUUGCGCUGUGGCGACUAGAGCGAGAGUCGCUCGACGAAGAGGAGAAAAAACGGCUCGAGGCUGUUGCAGAAAGGGAAUCUGGCGUGCACGAAGAAAAAGCCCGCCACGGAAAGACCAAGAGUGACCCUCCUUCUUUCUCCAAAAUACCUCCCGCCUUGCUGCAUCUGGACGAUGUGCAGGACGCCGUACAGCGGGCAAAAAUGGAACGCCUCAUAGACUCGGAGUUUCCGCGGCUGAAACAGUGUAAGCCGCUUCAGGUAACAAUAGAGCCCGGCCAAAUGUUAUAUCUGCCGGCGGGGUGGUUCCACGAGGUGUCAUCUUUUGGCAGAGACGAUGAGCCAGUUCACAUUGCUGUGAACUAUUGGUUUGCACCACCGGCAAGUCGCUCCCCGCCCCUGUACACCGACAGCUACUGGACCGAGGAUUUCGACGAAACGAGCAAGUGCCUUCACAUCCUGCACAGCCAUAGCCGAUAA